UUAGUUUCUUUUUCAGAUAUACACCAUUGCAAUUGCAAUCUGCCUCAGGAAUCAAAAAGGGGAGCUAGCUAUAUCUAGGCCAAUGAAGAGGAACAAUUUCAUGAAAGACUACACUCAUACUUGUGCCAACAACAACCCAUCAAAAGACUUCACCCAUGUUGUCAACUGCUACACCAAGCAGAACCAGAUGGCUAAAGACUUGUGGGAAUGCAGCAGCAACUCUCACACCAAUGCAGAUCAGGACUAUGUCAAUGGCUUCCCUUGGCCUCCAAGAUCAUACACUUGUAGCUUCUGCAGGAAGGAGUUCAAGUCUGCUCAGGCUCUUGGUGGUCACAUGAAUGUUCAUAGGAGGGAUAGAGCAAGAUUGAGGCAGUCACCCCCAGCUGAAGGUCAAGCUCAUAUGUUCAACCUUAACCUUGACCCUACCACAACAAACCCUAACAACUCAACCUCAUCUUGGUCCUUGUUACCACCAUCUUCAUCUUCGGCAACUCUCAAACCUGUCACUUGCACAUUACCCUUGUUUGUUUCUCCCACUCCUCCUUCACCUUCUUCUGACUUGAAGAGAUGGGUUGUUGUGGAUGGCAUUCUGUUGAACCCUUUGAGCACAAACACCCCAGAACACUCUAAGUCAAAGAUUCCAGAAUCUUUAUCAGCCGGGGUUGGAGAAUAUGAUCAUGCUUUUGCAAGAGAAGAUGGGUGCACAGUGUUGAAGAAAGGAGAAAUUCUGAGGAUGGACUUGGAGAUAGGUUUGCCUAGAACUUAUGAUUUAGAUCUGGAGCUUCGUUUGGGUACUACUUAGGCCACACUCACACGGAUAGCAAGAGGAUUGGAUGAUUAUUAACUUGAAGUAGGGUC